GGGAAUUUGACCAGUAAAGUUGUCAGCAGACGGCACAUCCGUGUUUCAGACGAACGCUGCGGCCCGAUUCAAACCCGCUUCUUUUUUCCUUCCUCACUGCAUUCUUAACGAGCAAAUCGCCAUCAUCAUGUCUAUCGCGGUGGAAGCCGCAUUCGUCCCCGCGCCGCUCGCUGCUUCUUCCGUGGCAGAGGACCCGCACGAGCUGACCAUACAGGAGGUUCACGCCGCCCUUUCGGAUCUCGGCCACAACCACCUUGGUGAGCUGGUGUACACGAAAUGCACUCUGUCCUCGAAGGGGCUCUCCCGCCUGCCGGGGCUUGAGCGCUAUGGAAAUCUCCAGCAGCUGAUCCUCGACCACAACGCCCUGACGGAGCUGACGGCGGUGCGUUACAUGCCCCAGCUCGUGUACCUCUCCGCGCGACACAACAAACUGACUUCUGACGUCUUCGAAUGCCUCGCUGGCGCGGCGGGGUGCUUGGAACGGCUGCACUUGGAUGGCAAUUGCCUCACCAGCUUAAGUGGUCUCGAGUCGCUUCCCUUCCUCACCGAUGUGACGUGCAGUGAAAACCGGAUCGCGUCUGUCUCGGCGCGGUGCCUCAGUGGGGCGCACCGACUCAUGCGCCUGCGACUGAACCACAACUGCAUCUCGUCCAUCGAAGUUAACGCGUUUGAGGCUGCGUCGCACCUACGCACACUCGAGCUGGCGCACAACGCGCUGACCAAAGUUAGCUUUCUCCGCUCCGUCUCAUCGCAGAUGGAGCGGCUGACGUUGGCGGACAACCGUAUCGCGCAUCUGGGCAGCGCGGUCCAACACUUGGAAGGGCUGACCGUUCUAGACGUGCGCAGAAACGCGCUGAACGGGUUGACGGAGCUUGAGGCGCUGUGCACCUUGACGGCGCUGCGCACUCUUUUCUUUGAUGGCAAUGAAGACCUCAACCAUCUUCCGUACAUCGCCGGGGCGGAGUUCACGGCGGACCCUGCGAUGCAGCAGCCCAGCGCCGGCCGCACCGAGUACCACGCAGAGGUCGUGAUGAGCGACGAGGAGAACGACGACGCGGGGCAGGGCGCGGACUUGCUUGUGUUAGGGAUGGCGGCGAGCAGCCAAGCAGAUGAGCGCAGCUUCACCGUGGGUCCCACAAACGCCAGCGCUGCGGAUGCUGCUGCGGGAAGUGGGCGGUGGCACGACAAAGGCAACGCACCGCCAUUCGUAGGAGGUAAUAAGAUGGACGACAGCCUUUCGCCGCACCACCAUCCAACCGCGUACGCCUCCGCUACUGCGCCGACUGCUGCUGCUGCUGCGCCGCCGACCACCGCCUCGUACGUCGCUCUUGCUGCGACGGAGACGCACAACUUUAUUCGCACGGUGGGCAGUGCGGCGCGCGAUGCCGCGUUGUGCGUGAAGGUGGACAACGCACGCGAGAUUUCGGCCCUGCCGAGGGAGGAGCAAGUCUACCUAUGGACGCUGGCGGUCCUGCCGCACCUGCUGGAGCUGAAUGGGCGCACGAUUCACGCGGACGAGGUGGCUCGAGCAAGCUUCCUCUUUGCCACGAAGCCUGAGUCAUAG